AUGAUUGAACAUGCCUGGGAUAGGGAGGAGAAAUUCUGGUGGCAGCGCUCUCGAGUCAAUUGGUUGCAAUCAGGGGACAGAAACACAAAAUUUUUCCACACUAGUACUCUGCAGAGAAGAGCCAGAAAUAAAGUGGUGAAAUUAAGAAAAGGAGACGGAGAAUGGAUUGAAAAAGAGGAUGAGAUUAACACGGCCUUUUCUCAGUUUUACUUUGAGUUGUUUGCUUCAGAAGAUACUAGGGACAUGGAGGAAGCUCUUCAAUUUGUGCAAAAGAUUGUGUCUGAGGAUGAAAAUGCAAUGCUGACAAGACAUGUUACAGUGGAAGAAAUUAAGGGGGCGGUCUUUCAGCUGAAUGGAUCUAAGGCACCUGGACCAGAUGGAUACUCAGGGUUAUUUUUUCAUGCAGCUUGGGGCGAAGUGAAUCAAGAAGUAAUAAAGAUGGUGCAGGAUUUCUUUGUAAAUAAUGCUAGUCUGCAGCCUGUAAAUAAAACCAAUGUGGUUCUAAUACCAAAAGUUGACAAUGCUGACAAUGUAGACCAGUUUAGACCAAUUGGACUAUUGAAUCAGAGAGCUUUUGUUGCUGGCCGUUUGAUACAAGAUAAUCUUAUAAUUGCUCAUGAAGCGUUUCAUUAUUUGAAGAAUAAGAAGAAGGGAAAGAAGAUUGAGAUGGCAGUAAAGAUUGAUAUGAAGAAAGCCUAUGACAGGUUAGAGUGGUGCUUUAUUGAAGAAGUCAUGAGAAAAAUGGGGUUUGGAGAAAAGUGGAUUGGAUGGAUAAUGCAGUGUGUGACCUCUGCUAGCUUAAACUUGGUAGUCUCAUGGAAGAAGGUGGCAGGUAUUAGUAUGGGAAGGGGAAUUAGACAAGGUGACCCCUUAUCACCUUAUUUGUUUAUAAUUGCAGCGGAUGUUUUGUCUUUAAUGAUUCAGAAACAAGUGGAGUGUGGAAGGUUGAAGGGGAUCAAGUUAGCUAGUAGAUGUCCAGUACUUUCACACUGUUUCUUUGCUGAUGAUGCUCUAUUAUUCAUGAAUGCAAAGAGGCAGAACUGCAGAGAGCUGAAAAAGAUUCUAGACGGCUAUUGUAAAGCAUCUGGUCAGGCAAUUAAUUUGGAAAAAUCCUGUAUCUUCUUCUCUAAAAAUAUUUGUGAUGCAGUAAAACUAGAUGUGUAUGAGGAGUUGGGGAUUGGUGAUCGAAUGGACCCAGGCAGGUACCUCGGACUCCCUAUGAUUUGGGGUAAAUCGAAGGUGGAAGCUCUAUCUUUUGUGAAAUGCAAAAUGGGGAAGAAGUUACAAGGCUGGAAACAAAAGCUCUUGAGUUUUGCAGGAAGAGAAGUACUCAUAAAGGCUGUAGCCAAUGCUAUUCCAAUCUAUCCUAUGUCCUGCUUCAUGUUUCCAAAAAAGACUUGCAGUGAAUUAGAUAGUAUGAUCUCUAAUUUUUGGUGGGGUCAGAGGGGACAAGAGGGUAGAAUUCAUUGGAAAGCUUGGAAGGUUAUGAGUAAAAUGAAGAGUGAGGGAGGUAUGGGAUUCAGAAGUUUGGAAGCUUUUAACAAGGCUUUAUUGGCCAAGACUGCUUGGCGACUUAUUCAAAAUCCUAAUGAUCUCUGGUGCAGGAUUCUGAAGGGGCUCUAUUUUGCUAAGACUGAUUUUUUACAAGCAAAAAAAGGAAGCAAAGCGUCCUGGGGAUGGACGAGUAUUUUAGAAGGAAGAGAGCUGUUGAGUAAGGAUCUCGGUUGGAAGUUGGGGAAUGGUGAAUGUAUUAAGGUGUUCACUGAUAGCUGGCUACAUGAAUCAAAGGAGGGAAAGUUGAAAAGUAGAAUUUUAUCUGAAGAUAUGAAGAAUAUAUGUGUAAGGGAUUUGAUUAAGGAUGGGGAGUGGUGUUUUGAUGGUUUUGGGGACUGGUUUACAGCUGAGGAUAGAAAUGAAAUCAGUAGAAACAGAAUACCAGUAAUUGGGACUACUGAUAAGAUUAUUUGGAAAAAUAGUAGAGAUGGUACUUAUGCUAUGAAAUGGGGUUAUAGGGUGGCGUUGAAGCAAGAUGAGGCUAAAAAGAGCUCUGAUCCAAGUGGCUCUUAUACACCGUCAAAAAUUUUGUGGAAUGGAAUUUGGCAGAUUAGGAUGCCUCCUAAGGUUCGUCACUUUCUUUGGAGGGCAGUGAAUGGAGCUCUAGCAACAAAGGACUCACUCUUCAAGAAGAAGUGUGCCUUGGACCCGAAGUGUGAGAUUUGUAAAGCAAAUGUGGAAACUGUUGAACAUGCUCUCUUCCUUUGUCCUUGGGCAGUGCAAUGUUGGUUUGGUUCGCCUUUGACUUUGAAAUUUGAAGCUUUGGGGGAUUUCAGAACUGAUAGAUGGUUAGAAGAUUGGUUUAAAAGCGGGAAGAAAGAUCAGGACUAUGAGAAAGCCAUAUUUAGUAGCAUCUGUUGGGGAAUAUGGAAAGCUAGAUGCAAAUAUAUGUUUGAACAUGUUGAUGUUGAUGCCCUUUCAUGUGUUACAGGAGCGUUGAGGUUGGUUAGAGAUCAAUGGGAUGCAGUAGGAAAUAAGAAAGGUCCUUUAGUUGUAGAUCAGUGCUUGGACUGUCAACUGAGAUGGAGUAAACCUGUGAUGGGUACAGUUAAAGUAAAUAUAGAUGCUGCCUACUGUGCAAGAACAAGGAAGGCAGCUAUUGGCAUGAUUGGCAGGGACUGGGCAGGAAGGUUUUUGGGUGGAGUGGGAAAAAUGGUGGAUGCCAAUUCUGCUUUUAUGGCUGAAAGUCUGGGUUUACUUGAAGCUCUGGAAAAUAGAGACCUGUGGUGGGGUGGGAGACUGAUGGUUGAAACGGACUAUCAGGAACUUUUCUACAAAGUGAAAAGGGAGGAGUUAAAAGGCUGUGAGUGGUUUUGUGAGGAUGUGGUGAUGAAGUGUAUCAGUUUGUUGAAAUCAUCACAGUAUAAGGAUGUCGAAGUUACUCUGGUAGCUAGGAAUGGGAAUUGUGCUGCUGACUGGCUGGCAGCUCAAACUAUGGGAGGAUUGGUACCGCAAGGAUGGUUGUCUAAACCACCAACCUCUCUGAUCGAGUUGCUGAGAAAGGACUUGGAAUCUUUGGGGCCCGUGAAGGAGAUUAGAUCAGGUAUUGGUUAA